CACUUCCCUCCAAGGGCAUUGAUAUUUGUGGUUCGUUUGGACUGUAUGUUCGUAUGGUUUUUGUGCUUAAUGGUGCAGGGAAAUAUCUCUUUUACUUGUGCUUAUGUUUUUGGAAGGUGUUGAAGUGAUCAAAAUGAUGUCAAGAUCUGUCAGAGCAGAAACAAGAAGUAGAGCCAAAGAUGACAUUAAAAGAGUAAUGCAAGUGGUUGACAAAGUACGUCAUUGGGAAAAGAAAUGGGUGACAAUUGGUGAGACAACAAUGAAAAUCUACAAGUGGGUUCCAAUUUCAAGCAGUGAACAGAAGAAAAAGGGCAAAGAUCACUGUAACAAGGAGAACACAUUAGCAAGAAAAUCAGCUGCUUUGGAUUCAUCAAAUUCUAAUUUUGGCCUUGCUGAGGAUUCAAACACUUGUUUCUCUAUGGUGAGCGAUUCUCAAGGGCCAACAGAUUUCUCUGCACAAUUGGGAUUCUCGGAAGACUCUAACUCACAAAGCAGUGAACCAAGCAGUAAGCGACUGAAGACUGAUUGACUGGUCUUAAACUGGUAAUUUAACCACGUUUUAAGAAAUUUUUCAAAAUACUUAAGCUUUGAAACAUUUCCUUGUUAUCUAUACCAUUGAGCAUGUAUUUUUCUCUGAGUGAUAUCCCUCUAGACAUGAAUGUAUUUGACUAAACUAAAAUUGUGUGUAUGUGUGUGCGGGUAUGAAAGUUGAAGGAAAUUAAAUAAGUAAGUUAGAUCAUGCAGAAGAGAUGUGAGGACAUAUAUCUUUCCUAAGACAACAGAAGCAUAGUGCAUUGUUUUUGUAUAGUAGUUUAAAACCUAAAGGACCAUAAUAUAUGAAAAUGAAUAUUGUUUUUACUUAAAUAACUGGUAAUAUUAAUUGUGAUAGUUACUUAAUCAGCUUUAUGAAUAGAAUUCUUUCUAUAAACACUGCUUCCUCAUCUCCUGAAAAUUCUAAAUUCUGGAGACGUGAUGUAUAUUUAUGUUUGUUUUCAUUAUUUACGCUCUUCAAUUGUCAUGUCUUCAAUUAGCACCAUUAUAAUUGAAUGUGAGCCAUUGAACCAAGGCCAGUAGUAACGUGACUUUACGUAUCACAUUCUGAAAAGUAAUAGUAAUAGGCAUACCAUAUUUUUUAUAGUUUAUUGCUAGAUUUCUGGAUACAUUAAUUACUGGAUGAUGCUGUCAGUAAUUGUACACUUAGUAGUGGAAGAAAAUCUGCAUAUAUGAUAAUUGUGGAAAUGAUGGAUAAAUCUGAAUGUGUUGAGGGAAAUAUAUAAUACAUGCGGUAUACCUUAGAAUUAUUCAAACAGAAAAUUUAAUUAUGUAGUCCAUCACCUGAGAAUAUCAUUUCAUUGUAAACAUGCUUUAUGAAGAAAACAAAGCCAAACAAACAUUUCAUUUACAUUUACUUCAGAAGUCCAUUGCAGCUUAAUCAUACCAUUUACAAUGGGUUCGACUACAAAGAUUUAAGUUAGAGAAUACUAUUUCAUACCAAAGGAGUCAGAAUGACAUAAAAUCGUAGCUGUUUUAUAUAGUAGAAUCAUUGACAUUUCAUAUAAAGAGAUGGUAAUCAUACCGUCAUGUCACAUGUAGUUUUAGAACUUUAUUAUGUGCAAAAUUCCAUCUGUACAUUUAGUCUUUGAUUGUUAUUGUUUUGGGAUUGUGAAUAUCCUUUAAUAUGCAGUUUUGAUUUGAAGCUUGAUACAAAUGUGAGAAGCUUGAUGUUAAAGCUACUACUUCAUCCCAGCGAUUCUUUUCCACACUUGUAUAUGUUGUUAAGUUCUGUGCAUACUGCAAAACUUGCUUUAAGAAUCUGGAAAGGAAAUAUAAAGAAGGUGGUUUGUAAUUAUUCUGUUUUCAGUAUGUGCAUUUAACGGAGAUGUCGGUAAAGACACAAAUAUUUUCAAAUUGCAUAUAACAUAAAUAUACUCUGAAUAUUUCAUGUUUCAGUCUAAGUUUGCUAUCUGUUAGAAAUCUGUUUUAUGUCAGUAUUAUAUAAGUUUAAGUAAUGAUUAGGCUGUUGUUUUGCACUAUACCUAGGAAGCACUGUUGCAGACUGUAUUUCCUAUGUCUCAAUAUCUUAAAUGCAGAUGGCUUAAUUUCCAUAAAAGAAAUCAAUUUUCUACUUAAAUUUUAUACCUGUUCAUGUGCUGGUAUUCCUUGCUUGUUGCAGUAGGUAGCCUGUUAAUGUGUAUCAAGUGGAUAAUAAGUAUAAACACCACACAUUCAAGUGCUGUAUGUAGACGUGGGAUUGUAUUCAGCAUCCGAUGAUAAGUUUCCCUUUGUCUGGAUCGUAACAUAUGAGAACAGUGAAGGUGGUAUUUAUCUCUUAAGCCUUGUUCAACUUGCCUGCAUAUAAUCUGAAUAUUGUCAGCAAUUUGUUUCAAUGAGUUCAGUAUGUCUGUCUCAGUCUUAGAUCUGUAUAUAGUCAAAAUUUUAUAUUCUGUUAUAAAACCCACUACAUCACUAAACGUAUUUUCAUAAUCAUGCUUGUUUGAUGUAAUUGUUUCCGAUAUUGAAUUCCACAAAUCAAGUUUUAACUGCAGUAAUUGCGUCUUAUCUUCCUGAAUCACUUCUUCCCACAUCAUGCACCUCAGUUUUUCCACUAACUCCGGUCUUGGAUAUGUUUUCCAUUCCAUUAAUUUAUGAGUAAUUUCGACAAUGCUGUUUUUAAGCAAGGAGCUGGAAUGAAAUUUGGAAACAUAUUUCUUGCUUGCAUCUCUUAUUGUAUUCUCCAGUUUAAGCACAGUUUCAACAGAAGAGCGAUCAGAUAAACAUGAUAUUUUCACUUCAUCUGUCACAAGUUUGGUAAUGCUAUGGAGGCCAGAACUGUCUUCUACAUUUGUUUCCUCUUCUCUUGCUUUUAUAAUUAAUGCCAGUGUUGCACAAAUAAUGUGAUUUGUAAGAGUUUGUGUAACAUCACAUAAAUCACAUUCACCAUGGCUAAUCUUGUCCCUUAUUCUUGGUCCUUUUUGAUGCACAAAAAUAUCCUGCAACAUUUCAAUGAGACAGUCACCUAAAACUGCUCUCACUUUAUUAAUUUUCAUGUCAUUUAUAUUCUCUGCCAGUAUUUCAUCAAGUGUUGUGUAAAAUGACGUUGAUUCAGCUGUAAGCACUCUCUCAGGGCAGCCAUUAGCCCAGCAGAAGAUGCUUCGAAGCACCUGUUCAAUUUGGGGUAGCAGUAGCAGCAGACACUUAUCAUACCUGAAAGAAUGUACCAUUAUGCAUUAGUAGUAGUAGGAUUUAAUUAUGCAUUACUUAGGGCUCCUGAAAUGUAACCUAAAUCUAUUAUCCAUAUAGGAAAAUCCAUUCACCCAGUAUCAUAUUUUAUAUGAGAUAUUUAAAAAUUUAGUGUCAUAUGUUAAGAUCAAGGAACAAAGGCAACACUGCAUCUUACAUGUGAUAAUAAAUGUCUAUUAUUGAAGGUUUUUAUUACAUUCAGAUUGAGGCUAAAAAUGUGUUCUUUUACCUGUGGCGAGUGUAUUUUGUAUUAAAAAUUUAAAAUUGUUCAUGCCUCAAAUAACUGUUAAGACCAAAUAUUCUUCAGGUUAUGUGAAAUAUCACUUAAUCAUGUCUCUGCCCCAAUGGAAAGUUGCUGCAUACCCAGCAGUCUUCUUUUGUUAGAAUGAAACUUCUUAAAAAUGUAUGACUUCUUCAAAUUUUUCUGUUAGUCAUAAUUUUUGUAUUUCCAUAAAUCUAAUGUCACUCUUUAACCAAUUUCUGUCUUUGUUAAAUUAAGGAGUAAUUUCUACAACUGAAAACAAACUUAUAAACACUGUGAAUCUUCACAAUAUUAAAUAGAAUAAAAAUGAUACACACUAAACCAGGGGUUGUCAACCUUUUUAUACCUACCGCCUACUUUUGUAUCUUGUUGAUGGUAAAAUUUCCUUACUGCCCACCAGUGCCGCACGUACUGCCCACCACCAUGAAAGAGGUACAGCUUGAAGACUGAGUGAUGGCCGGUGGUAAGCCCUGCCCUUGUUAUGCACACUAAACUCGUGCCUUUGGCUACGGAGCUCAUUCGUUGCACCCUCGUCCACGAGUAUAUUUCAAGAAUUGCAAAAGCAUAUUUUAAAAAGUCAAACUCGCGAAGUUGUUAGCAAUGUAUUCAAUAUAUGGAGGAAGGGCAAAAUUUGUAACAACGGACAAAAACCCCCACCGCCCACCAUGAAAGCUUGAAUCGCCCACUAGUGGGCAAUAGGGACCAGGUUGACGACCCCUGCACUAAACAGUCAUAACAUAAAUGCUAAUUAUGUGUUUUGAAGCCACAGGAACUUGCACAGAGUAUAAUACAAACAGAAAAAUACCACCUUUCAAAGAUUUCCUUUGCUUAAAAAUUAGGAUCUGAUGGUUGUAGCUUAUUCGUAUGUCAAAAUGAAACAUGAUAUUAAUCCAAAGCUGUAAAAUGUUACUAUGAAAAAUGAGUAAAAUGGAGCAGCCUUGUUCCCAGUAGUGAAUUUA